AUAUGUGUUUGCAAAAAAUAUAAAUCUGAUGCGAUGUCGUAAUUUACCUAAACGGUUUAGAACUCAUUAACUUAUGAUUUGAGUGCAAAGAAAAUUUUAGUUCAGUUUAUAAUUAAUUACAAUCGUUUUCAUCUUCUAAAGAAAUCUAAAAUUAUAAAAAGAUAAUGUAAUGCAUAUGUGUGUGUCUAUUAUGCCAUUCGUCAUGACAGAAUGAAUAACAUUGUGUGGACAUAGGCAUUUUUAAAGUGGAUUUUUAAAAAGUUAUUCGAGUAUGCAGUCUAUUAGUGUUUUAUCAGUAAUGAAGAAAGAAUUAAAAUACAAUAGACACGAUGAUAACGCGAUUCUCAGACUCAUAAAACCUGUUGACUGACAGGAAAUCCAUCAUCCGUAUCAAGGAUCAAUUUUUUUAAUGCCGGACGAAUUGAAGAAUGCAAAAAUUAUGACUGAGAGAAGGCGCAAGUGCAUAAACGGAAACGCUUCCUUUUUUAUAUAAAUAAAACUGAUAUGUACAAAGCGACGGCGAGUGCAUACAUGACUAAUGUCAUGUGUAAAGAUAAACUGACAAUGAGUGGCAUACAUAUCUGUCGAAUGUCAGGGACAGUUAAAGUCCACCGAUGUUAACGUACAAUGGCUGCGGCGUAGGUGCCGCGGAGGCCGAAAAUGGUUCCCCAGCGGGAUCGUUAUUGUCCGGUGAGGGAGAUCUCGUGGAAGAAGCCGGCGAUUCGCCUGGGACAUCGAGGGACACGGAAGAGGAAGCCACGCUUUCCGACGAGUUUUAUUCCCACGACACAGAUGAGGAGGAAGAACAAAGCAAAAGGCGGCGGGACCGUUCCAGCUCCCUAGACGGCAUCUCGUCUUCCGGCAGUGGUCAUUUGGGAUCGCCUACGCCACGUAUAGGUGGUUUAGGAGUUAGAAAAUUAUUCACUAACAGUCGUGAACGAUGGAGGCAGCAGAAUGUGAGUGGCGCCUUCGCCGAACUUCGCAAAUUAGUGCCGACCCAUCCACCUGACAAGAAGCUGUCGAAAAAUGAGAUUUUAAGGAUGGCAAUAAGGUACAUAAGAUUGCUAAGCAAUGUUCUGGAAUGGCAAAAGAAUCAGGACCGUAAUGGGGUGCAUCAGCAGCACGACGUGCGCAUUAAAUGCGAAUCGCAUUCCAACAGCCAAAACUCCGCUAUAUACCACGUGAAGCCAACCGUAGCGUUUCUGAAACAGGAGAAGCUGAGUAACGAAAAUUCUCACGUCUUUCGUGUUAAUUAUGCCGCGCAGAGACACAGUUCGCACGCGUGUGACAAGAACGGCAGUAAUUUGCUGAUGAUUGCCCCGAGCGGACUCAAUGCGACAAUUUCCGCAGGAAAACGCUGCGUCACACCCUCCAUCGUCGUCACUCAAGGCAACUUCCACAGCAACAGCAAUGGAAAUCUUAUACGUUCUCCAUCGAGCGGACGGUCCUCGAGUUUCCCGAAAUCACCGCAACUCUCAUCGAACACUAGCAUAGUACCUAAUGGCUCGUCUUCAUCUUUGACGAGCACCACGUCAGUUGCAAACGGAAUAGGAUCGAGCGGCUCGAAUUGUCCACAAAAGAGAUUUAAGAUCGAGCGAGAAGAGGAAGAUCAGGCAUCGAGGGACUGUAGAGCUCCGCCACCACCUGUUCAUAAUGUCCCGGUCAGAAAAAGAGUCAAAGUCGCCUUUGUAAAAGAUACGAGUUCAGGAUUUCGCGGCGAUUUGUGUGGUGCAGAUCGUAAAUGAAAUAUUGACGAAAGAAUUUAAAUUUGUUCGUGUGAGGAUCGAUCAUUGCGAUCACUUUGCUUUUUGCACGCAUGUUACGUAAAUUAUUUCUUUUAUGCUGUAUUUGACAAUAAUUGGUGUUGUACGAUAUAAAAUUAACUAAAUAAUUUUUUAGAUCACUAGUGUGCACUUAUAUUUUGAGUUGAUACAUUAAAGUUUUAUUUCUAGUUUACUUAUAUAAAUAUUUAGAAAUCAAAAAUACUAAAGAUAUCAAAAAUACCAAAUUAUAUCGAAGAUAUUUCUCUAGUUGUGCGUUAAAUUAGUAUAUUAUAUAUCUUAAUAUAUUUAAAUUUGUAUUUCAUUUAAAUAUUGGUUUAAUAAAAAUUUCUU